AUGGCAGUCCAGUCGAUUAACUACUCCCAGAUUGGAGGCAUCCACUCGGUCGCGGCUGCAGUCAUAUUUGCGAUCAUAUAUUUCCCUCUUCUCAUUUAUAAUAUUAUUCGGUCCGUGAAGAGGCCGACAUAUGUUCUGAUUGUGCUGGCUCUUUUCUGCGCAAUUCGUGUGACGGCAUUCUCCGUCCGUGCUGCACUUGCAGGCUCUUCAGACGCUGCCGAGAACGAAAAUCUUUUCAUAGCGGAACAAGUCCUCUACCUUGCCGGCUUCUUUGGAGUACUCUAUUCAGCCUACACGCUGGUCCUCGACCGAGAACAACUCACGGGAGAGCAAGAAUUCCCCGGACCUAUUUCAGCGGUUAUGCGGAUCUCAGGAAAUCGGCAUUUAAUCCGCCUGACGCUCACGGUCGCCAUAGCGCUGGGCAUAACCGGCGCCAUCCGCAUGACUUCCGGGGACGCCAGUAAGAUGGCCACGGGAGAGACGAUGCGGCGGGUCAGCACGUAUAUCUUCCUCGUUGUCACCAUCCUGCUGGCCUUGCGCACGAUGUUCCUCGCGCUGGAACAAUCCGGCGUGUCAUCUGGUAGACCCACAGCCCAUUCAGCGUUCGGAGCCCGGCACGGGGUCUUCGUGCUCCUCGGUAUCGCCAUCCUGCUCCUGCUUCGCGAGGCUUUCCAGACCGCCACGACGGGCUCCAAGAGCACGUCCAUGCAAGACAAAGCGUAUAAUGAAGCGCUGUUCUACCCUCUGUCCGCCCUUCCCGAAUUCCUGGCCGUGGUGCUCUUUGCUGUGCCAGGGCUUGUGCCAUCCCGGAAGGAGUUGCAGGAAUAUUCGGCGGUGAUCCACAUACCUGCUGCAUGA